CAUGCAAGAGAGACACCAUCCCAACAGACCAACACAUCCAUCCUGACCAUGGCCGACCAUCAUCACCACCCACACCUCCAUCACGGACAUGCACAUCACACAGGCAUCGGUGUCAACGACGCAGGUCCUCCUCGUAAGGAAAUCUACACGUACAACGCUCCUUGGACCGUGUUUUCAGUGGCGUGGAGUCGAAGACCAGAUACGACUUCUCAAUUUCGGUUAGCCAUUGGUUCGUACGUGGAACAGUACUCGAAUGCCGUUCACAUUGUGAAGAAAUUGCCCCAAUCGGAUGAUUUGGGGUCUCUGUACAAGGCGGGUGAAUUCGAUCAUCCGUAUCCGUGCACGAAAAUUCUGUGGAGUCCCGACAGUCGCAACUACGGCGGCAAGGAUUUGUUGGCCACUACGGGAGACUAUUUGCGUGUCUGGAAUGUCACGGACGAUGGGAGUGGUCGGGGGACCCUCUCUGUGAAAAAAGAAGCGCUGUUGAAUAACAACAAGACGAGCGAAUACUGUGCACCACUCACGUCCUUUGAUUGGAAUGAAACCGAUCCCAAUAUAGUGGGAACUUCCAGUAUCGACACGACCUGUACCAUUUGGGAUGUCGCCACACAAACCGCACGCACACAACUCAUUGCGCAUGAUCGAGAAGUCUUUGAUUUGGCAUUUGCGCGGGGCAAAGAUGUCUUUGCAUCGGUGGGGGCGGAUGGAUCGGUCCGUAUGUUUGAUUUGCGCAGUCUCGAACACUCCACCAUUAUUUACGAAAGUCCCAAUCUGGAUCCACUGCUGCGGCUCGAAUGGAAUAAGCAAGAUCCCAAUUAUCUAGCCACCUUCAUGGUCGAUUCACGACGGACCAUCAUUUUGGAUAUUCGAGUGCCCAGUAUUCCCGUCGCCGAAUUGGGAGGACAUUUGGGUUGUGUCAAUGCCACGGCGUGGGCACCCCAUUCCUCCUGUCAUAUUUGUACCGCGGGAGAUGAUUCGCAAGCACUGAUUUGGGACUUGUCGGCCAUGCCCAAACGACCGGUGGAUGAUCCCAUCUUGGCGUACAAUGCCGAAGGAGAAGUCAACAAUUUGCAAUGGAGUGCUACACAACCGGAUUGGGUGUCGAUUGCCUUUAAUGACAAACUGCAGAUAUUACGUGUAUAAAUUUGCGUGUUAGCCAGAACUCUUUGACAAUUUGCUUGACUUCAGCGUCAAAGUUGGAUUCAAAUGCUACGAGAACAAUCCCAACUUUCAUUUGUUUAAAUUAUUAGAAGUAGGGAAUCGGUCAGCCUCUACUAUACUAUACUCUUCUACUACAUACGGUACA